GUGCGUCGUGUGCGUGAGGCUAGGCGCCCGGAGCCGUCGCGGGGAAGACCAUGUUGCUUCCGAACAUCCUGCUCACGGGUACACCAGGAGUUGGAAAAACCACAUUAGGCAAAGAACUUGCAACAAGAUCAGGACUGAAAUACGUUAAUGUGGGUGAUUUAGCUCGAGAAGGACAUUUGUAUGAUGGCUAUGACGAAGAGUAUGAUUGUCCCAUUUUAGAUGAAGAUAGAGUAAUUGAUGAGUUAGAAAACCAAAUGAGAGAAGGCGGAGUUAUUGUUGAUUACCAUGGCUGUGAUUUCUUCCCAGAACGCUGGUUCCAUAUAGUUUUUGUGCUGAAAACAGAUAAUGGUGUGUUGUACAAAAGGCUUGAAAAAAGGGGUUAUAAUGAGAAGAAACUAAAAGACAAUAUUCAGUGUGAAAUUUUUCAAGUUCUUUAUGAAGAAGCGAUAACAUCCUACAAGGAGGAAAUAGUGCAUCAGCUGCCCAGCAAUAAACCAGAAGAUCUAGAGGAUAAUAUUAAUCAGAUAUUGAAGUGGAUUGAGCAGUGGGUCAAAGAUCAUAGCUCUUGACUUACAAGACCGACCACUUUAUAAUUAGUCUUGACCUCUCUGCACUCACAUCACAGGAUCAGUAAAUCAUUUUUAUUAAAGUUGUGCUGCAGGGUUAGUAGAUGGAUACUAUAACAGUUUAUGUUUGAGGUUUUUUUAAUGUCCAUGAGAAAGCUAAACCACCUCUAGAAUAAUGUAUGUAAUAUUAAGAAUUGAAAGUAAAGACUCAUUUAAUAUUUAAGUUGCUGAAGGUAGAUAAAUCUGACCAAAUGACUGGAUAACUUUUAAGUUUAUAUAGAAGAAAAGUGAUAAUGUCUUAAAAUAAAACUGGUUAA